AUCGAAUUUGCAGCUUUGGUACAACAGCGUGCAUUUCUCCAAGCCUACAACCAGACCGCUUUUCAGCUCUUGAUGCAGAUGGUUAGCGACCUGACUGCAGCCAAUCAGGAUGCGAUAAACGUCUCGGUCAUGAUUCACAAACUCAGCGAUCGUCUGUCCCAAGGACUGCAACGUCUCGACUAUCUGGUUCUGAUCAACGCUUCGAGUUCCGCUUCACCGCACCACAUCAAACAGAAACAAUGCCUGAUGCAUAUAAAUCGAGUUUUAUGGCAAUUUAAUGAAGAAUCGAAAGUGUUGCUUCAGAGACCCACAUCAUUUCUGGAUGAUUUUCACACCGCCGUCGCGGAUCACGCCACAACGGGAUGGAAACGAAAGCAAAUGGAGCUCUACCUGGUCGAUAGCUUUUACGGGGCUAAAUCGGUUAUGUCGGCCAGGGUGAUGCUACUACGUAAAGUGCUAAAAGCGGUUAUGAAACUAAAGCUCAGAUUCACCAACAUCACCAACUCCUCGUCACAGUCCGGUCUGAAAGACUCCAAGACUGCGGCAGGUACAGAUCCAUCUCAGCCUCAUGAUUGUGGCCCAUUGACCAAUGACUAUGUCAAUGUGCUCAAUGGAAUCGGAGCUCGAGCCAGUGUGGCUCUCUCACGCAUUGAUCACGUCAAUAAUGGGCUACAUGAACUGUUGCGGGACAAUCGAGUUGUCCGUGCCACAUACCCUACGUAUAAAGUUGUCCCUGGACAGGUGUACAUCGAUAGCCUUGUCUUGGUCACGCUACAACUGACCGAGGAGCACGUACCGGAAAGUGCAGACGUUUCGUUAUUUGUACUCAAAUUCUUUCGCAGUAACCUCAUGUCCAUCAUUACAAAUACCAUUACUCUAUACAUUGGAUUGUUCUUGCUCCUCGAAGUGGGAUUCACCCGGUGGAAAAAUCGACUGACGUGUAAUAAUCCUUCCACUCGUGGUCAGCCAAACAAUUUGUCCGAGGCAUAUUUUGCACCCAUGAAAUUGCGCAGUCCACGAGAACCGCAUUCAAUUCCCAUGAUCGGGCGAUCGUCCAAACCCGAGAAAAUCCCGUGCACUCAUUUGUGCGAGUAUUGUACAAUGCGACCCAAGCCGAGAUAUCCACAACUGGAUUUGGAAUCGCUGGCCUUUGUCGAUUCGGCCACACCGAUCUAUCGGUGUCAAAAUCAGUUUGGAUCAACAGUGACAACUACAACAACUCCGAAUCCCAUACCGAUCAACCAGCCCAUUUAUUUCACAGACCAAUUUGUCUGCUCCGCUCGAAUUCAUAAUUCCUAUUUGGAAUCAAGUGAUUUUAUUGAAGGUGUAGUGAUCGGUCACUUUGAUUGGAAAAAUAUCAACUACGAAUUUUGUAGCUCUUUCGAAUGA